AUGUUUCGCAAUAAGUUACAGACUGGUCUCAUCACACUUCUCAGCGGCAAUGGCUUGAAUCCACUGGCGAUAUGGGGUAAAAAGGGCAAAGGCUACAUAAAGCGAAUUACGGACGAUGAAUUACAGGCUUUGGUCGUCGAGAUUACUGCUGUCCAAUUUGUCACUACCUACGUUUCCUUGCCCCGACAACCACGGUCAUCUAUUGGAGUUAGACUUCCAUAUCUAACUCUUAUCAUCAAAUAUUUGAAAUUGCCCUUCUGCUUUGAGUUUGCAGUGCUGGACAGUAGAAUGGUGAAAAGACGCUUCAGAGCCAGCAAUUGCCAAUCCAAGGUAUCGGUCACUCCAUUACUGUGUCACAUGCCUUUGGCUUUAGAUGACGGGUGGAACAAGAUACAGAUAAAUUUAGCAACUUUCACGAAGCAGGCGUAUGAUAGCCAAUUCAUAGAAUUUGUUUCAAUUGAGAUCUAUGCCAACUGUCGAGUGCGACUUAUAUAUUUUUCCGAUAGAAUUUAUUCAGACGAAGAAUUACCGCUGAGUUACAAGGCGUGUAAAAGACCUGGUAAAAGUCACACAGCAAAAGGACAACGGACUUAG